CCUGCCCGCCAUGUCCCGCCAGCAAGCGCUGCUCGCCUGGGCCCUCUUGGCCCUCCUGGCGCUCGGAGCGGCUCAGAAGUCAGAAGCCCCGCCCUGCUGCAGCCCCAUUGUGCCCCGCAACGAGUGGGGGGCCGCGGCGUCGGAGUGCACCCAGCGCCUGAACCUACCGGUGCGCUACGUGGUGGUGUCGCACACAGCGGGUAGUACCUGCAACGCCCCGGCCUCGUGCCAGCAGCAGGCCCAGAACGUACAGAACUACCACGCCCGGACGCUGGGCUGGUGCGACGUGGGCUACAACUUCCUGAUUGGAGAAGAUGGGCUUGUGUAUGAGGGCCGGGGUUGGAACAUCAAGGGCGACCAUACGGGUCCCACCUGGAACCCCAUAUCCAUUGGCAUCACCUUCAUGGGCAACUACAUGGAGCGGUUGCCCCCAGCCCGGGCCCUCCAGGCAGCCCAAAGUCUGCUGGCCUGUGGGGUGGCUCGGGGAGCCCUGAUCCCUAAAUAUGAGGUCAAAGGACACCGUGAUGUGCAGCAGACGCAAUCUCCGGGAGACCAGCUCUACGAAGCUAUCCGGAAUUGGCCUCACUACCGUGAGUGAGGACCUGCUCUUGGCACAGCGUUCCUCUCCACCCACAGCCAGAAACCCCACUGCCUCCUCCUCCAAUAAAGGCACAGCUCAAACUGUGUUCCUGUGGGUGUCUCCCCUCUCUGUCUCCUUCCAACUAGUCUGUGGCCAUCUCCCUCUCUUCCCAACACUCUUCUCUCUGGUGUUUGGAACCCAGAGGCCCCAUCCUUGAGCCAAGACCCUAGAGAUCCCAGCUUGAAAGUGACAGCUCAGAACCCAGAGGUCUCAGGUCAGAGCCCAGGAGUUAGCAGCAGGUCAGCCUGGAUACCUGCUGGCAGCAGCUGGGGUCCACCCAGGAAGUGAAUCAUGCUGCCAGACACCCUUUUCCACCACACAGCCAAAGACAUCCUGUGAACAAUCUCUGCUUGGACUCCUUUAGGGACAGAUACUCACUCUCACCCCGCAAGUCCCCUCUUUGAGAAUGUGGUAGUUUUUCUUGAGCUUGAACCCCAAUAUGCUUCCCAGUCAUA